CAAGCUUCUACCCGAGUCUACUAUUUGAUAACUGAUUUGCUUUAUAAGAUUCAAAGAAUUCCUAAUCAAAACUCAAAAGAUUAUUUUAUAGAGGCGGUACACUGGUUAGAAAACUAAGCUGCGGCAUAACCAAAUUAAGAAUCUCUCCCAUUUGGGCUCCUCAUUUCCAGCGCCGAGAGCAGAGCAGCCAGGCCUAUUUGGGAAUCUUCCUCUGGGAAACUUCAUUCUCAUCCCUUGUUCUUAUUCCUCGAAGUUUCUGUGGUGUAAUGGGUGUGAUUGAGCUACUGGGCAACACAACAUUGUCAUCUCUUUGCAUUGAGAGACCAAAGCCCGUCUGGCCAUUUGAGGGAAAGCAGCAAAGCAUCUGUAGCAGAGGCAAUAGAGGAUUACAGACUUCGAUUAGCAUUAUGGCAUCGUCAACUGUGCCUGCAGCUGCUGUCAACGAGAAAGACGAUGGUGAACAACUAGAAUGCUUGUCGAAGGUCUCUGGGGACUCGUUCAUCCGAUCCCAUCUCCGAAAGUUGAAACCUUAUCAGCCCAUUUUGCCUUUUGAGGUAUUGUCAGCUCGACUAGGUAGGAAACCUGAGGAUAUUGUAAAAUUGGACGCCAAUGAAAACCCAUAUGGCCCACCACCAGAGGUUUUUGAAGCUUUGGGAGCAAUGAAGUUCCCGUAUAUUUACCCUGACCCUGAAAGUCGACGACUGCGUGCAGCCCUUGCUGAAGAUUCUGGUCUUGGAUCUGAAUACAUUCUUGCGGGCUGUGGUGCAGAUGAGCUCAUUGAUUUGAUUAUGCGGUGUGUACUAGAUCCAGGUGAUAAAAUUGUGGACUGUCCGCCUACUUUUACCAUGUACGAGUUUGAUGCAGCUGUUAAUGGUGCCUUUGUAGUUAAGGUACCUCGCAACUCGGAUUUUAGCUUGGAUGUUGAACGGAUUGUGCAGGUUGUUGAGCAGGAAAAACCAAAAUGCAUUUUUUUAACUUCACCUAAUAAUCCAGAUGGGAGCAUAAUUGGAGAUGAUACUCUUCUGAAAAUACUUGAUUUGCCCAUAUUGGUUGUUUUGGAUGAGGCAUACAUUGAAUUCUCAGGAAUUGAGUCUAAAAUGCAGUGGGUGAAGAAGCAUGAGAAUCUGAUUGUUCUCCGCACAUUCAGUAAAAGAGCUGGUUUAGCUGGUCUUCGUGUGGGUUAUGGAGCUUUUCCCCUGAGUAUUAUUGAAUACCUCUGGAGAGCAAAACAACCAUAUAAUGUGUCUGUUGCAGCAGAAGUCUCUGCAUGUGCAGCAUUGAGAAACUCUGCCUACCUGGAGAAAGUAAAAGUGGCUUUGGUGCAAGAACGUGAAAGGCUGUUUAAGCUUUUGAAAGAAGUACCAUUCCUUAAUCCAUUUCCAAGUUAUUCUAAUUUCAUCCUCUGUGAGGUUGCAUCUGGAAUGGAUGCCAAGAAGUUGAAGGAAGACCUUGCCAAAAUGGGAGUGAUGAUUCGUCACUACAACAACAAAGAAUUGGCAGGUUAUGUUCGUGUAUCUGUGGGCAAGCCUGAGCAAACAGAUGCCUUAAUGAAGUGUCUCAAAUGCUUAUCUUAAUUCUAAAGCAGCACCAAGUACUACUGGAAAAGGAGAAUCUCGCCAUUACCUGCUCUGGUGACUAUAUGCGGAACAAAAGCUGCAGAAGUGAUUUGGUGACCAUUUGAGAAUGAAAUAGAACGUUGCUGUAAUUCUGGAAGGGCAUAAAAAAAUCUUAAUACCCAAGGAAAGAUAUCAGUUUCCUGGUACGUACGUUGAAAACUUUUAGCACCCUAGGAAAGACAAUAAAUAAGUUUCCUUGAACGUUGUAACCUUGUACUUUGAGAAUAUUAUUAUCUUUUGGACGUUUCAUAGCACAA